AUGCUCGGCACGGAAGACAUCUUUAUCAUCCUGAUAACGGGAGAACUCAUAGUAGGCAUACUGGGGAAUGGAUACAUCGUAUUGGUCAACUGCAUUGACUGGAUGAAGAAGAAAAGUAUCUCUUCAUUUGAUUACCUUCUCACCACAUUAGCUAUUUCCAGAAUAUUUUUAAUUGGUACAAUGGUACUCAAUGGCAUUAUACUAGUACUGUACCCAGAUAUUUAUAGAAAUAACUCAGUACAGACGCUUCUUUGUAGCGCCUGGACAUUCUUCAAUUACUUAAGCAUGUGUUUGGCUACUUGCCUCAAUGUCUUCUAUUUGGUCAAGGUGGCUGAUUUCUCCCAUUCUCUUUUCCUCUGGUUGAAGUGGAGGAUUGACAAAAUGGUUCAUCAGAUUGUCUUGGGGUGCUUUGCCAUUUGUUUGCUGGUUGGCUUGAUAGCAGUAAUAUUAAUGAGCUAUAAUAUGUCUUACUUAUCUCAAAGGUACAAAUCAACCAACACUAAAAUGUUCAAUGUGAGUAAAAGUCAAUACUUUGAGCCAAUAACUUUAUUUAACCUGUUUGCAAUGAUUCCAUUCAUUGUGUCACUGAUUUCAGUUUUCUUUUUAAUACUAUCCCUCGGGAGACAUGUUAAGCAAAUGAAACUUAAGGCUACCGGUUAUCGAGACCCAAGCACAGAGGCUCAUGUCAGAGCCAUGAAAAUGAUCACUUCAUUUCUCGUUUUCCUGUUUGUGUAUUGCGUGUUCUCCCUUUUGAUUUCUUUUAGCUACUUUCUGCAAGACCAAAAGUCAGCUAUAAUGUUUGGAGAGAUUAUAACAAUUCUGUAUCCCUUGGGUCAUUCUUUCAUGCUAAUUGUUGGAAAUAAUAAGCUGAGGCAGGCACCUGUCAGGUUGCUGUUGUGUAGGAAAAUAGUCGAUGUGAUGUAA